UGACGAAUCACAGACAUGGUGGUUGCCGUGUCUGGGUCGACGCUGUCGCCCACGGACCAGUGUCUGUUGCUGCUGGGUCGCCCUGGCCGGUUCCAGUGGCUGGUGCUGUUCCUGCUGGCAGUGUUGCAGAGUCAGUGCGCGCUGAACCUGCUUAGUGCGGCGCAGCUGGCCAGACCCGUCAGGCACCGCUGCCGGGCCAGGCCCAAUGCCACCGUCGGAGGCAGCGACCUCUGGCCCGUAGUGCUCGAUGGAGGCGACAGGAGGUACCACCCGUGCCUACUGUACCGGGAUCCCACCAACCAACGGGCUGGUACGCAGCCUUGUCCGGAUGGUUACGAGUACCUGGCUGUCGACAAGUCGGAAAGUGUCGUCAGCGAGUGGGACCUGGUGUGCGAUCGUUCUUGGCUGGCCGACCUGGUCAGGCUCUACCUGAGGCCUGCAUCUUCUGCCCUGGGUGCUCUGAUCUUCUGCGCAUGCGCUGACCGCGUUGCCUCAGGUCGCAGGACGACACUGUUCGUGGCGCAGGCGCUGCAAGUGUCGUCGGCUGUGGCCCUGCUCUUCGUUCCCCGCUUCCUCGCCUUCGCGCUCAUCUACGCUCUUCAGGCUGCUUGCUCUAUGGGUAGCCAGCUGGUGUCGUUCGUGCUCAUGCUGGAGCUGCUGCCGACGCCGUUCCACGUGCAAGGCGCGUGCGUGCUCGCCGUCGCCUCGACGCUCGGCUACGUCAUGCUGGCCGCACUCGCUUCGCUCAUCUCUUCCUGGCGGUACGUGCAGCUGGCAUUGGCCGCACCGCAGCUCGUCUCUCUGGCAUUCCUAUGGCUGGUGCCUUACUCGUUGCCGCAUCUUCUGCUGCGGGGCCAGCUGGCCUCGGCCGACGUGACGCUGAGACGCAUGGCGCAACUCGGACGUGUGGGCCUUCCACCAGGUUCCGUCAAGUUGCUGCUGCAGUACGCUGCUGCAUCACGGUCGCUUAUCGCCGGUGCUUCCGGAGGUUCGGCUCUGAGCCAAGUCUUCAUCUACAAGCAAAUCCGGCGCUACCUGCUCACCCAUUUGUACCUCUGGGCGGUCGUGUCCUUGUUCCUGGCCAUACGUGUGUCAGAGAUCGCCACGCUGACGGGAAACAGAUCGGCCGACCUGUUCACUCGAGGAUUCCUCUCCGUCGGUGUUCUACUGCUCGUCUUCGUGCUGGCCAGUCGGAUGGGCACUGUCCGCAUCCAGACUCUGCUUCUGGCGCUCGGCGGGAGCCUGUUUGUGGUCGCCGCCUUCUUUGAGCACAGGCGCGUCGCCAGCGAGAAAGGCCUUACGAUUGACCUCUUCUACUCCGGACUGUGUGCACUGUUUGGCUGGACAGCGGUGGUCGUGACCAAAUCGACGAUGCUCUUUGACAUGGCAAAGUCCAUGCCGACAGGGACAAGGGCCUUUGGCCUGGGACUGUGCGUUGCAGUGGGCAGCCUGGCGGAAAUCCUGGCUCCAACAAUAUCUACCCUGGGUGGCCUGCUGCCUUUCUAUCUGCCAAUGGCCGGUUGCGGCGUGCUGGUUCUGACAGCGGCCGGCCUCAGCCUCGUGUUCCCAGACACGUGGAAGCGGCCACUGCCUGCGUCGGCGGAGGCUGCCGACGACGCCAAGAAGUUCGCCAGGACGCGCCGUCGCGGAUCGUACUCGCCUCCUGCGAGCCGGCUUGGCACAGCGACCGCCACGUCGCUGCCGCUGGCCGACGACGGCGCGGCCGCACUCACGGCGGCCAAGAUUCACCGCGCCAAGCAGGCCAGUAUACGUAGUACGCGGACCACGUCCGAAACGUCCUGCAAACGGCCUCUAGACUCCAUUGAAUCGAGCGGUACUCCGCGGAGCACUUUCGCCGCCCAGAUGGUCUAUCCGGAAAAAGGAAGCGUAUACUUCCAGUCCUGCCGAACCGGGCGAAACAUGUCGCUCUCCAAGACGACCACGCGGGCAAACUCUGCGUCGUCGGGCGAGGACAACGAAUCUGACGACGGCGAAUCGAGGCUCACCGACCUGGAAGACGAGCUCAACCGGGCGUGGGAGAUGGGCGCCGUCAGCUUGAGGUUGCCGCAGCAGAGGACGCCUCACCAACGCCAGCAGCACGUCAUGCAAUGCUUUGGCGCGACUAGGAAGAAGCCUUCGGAAGGAAAUUUCAUCAACGAAACUGCCUUCUGAAUAUGAUGCGACGAACGGGCGGCCGCGCGCGUUUUGAACGCUCGUAUUGCGGUAGAAGAAUAACUUUAUUGCUAAGGGUUUGGGUUAAGGGGUCAUCAGCUCGAUUGGUAGGGGCCCUAGUCCAGGGCUCAACUGGCUGCUGCCGCCUGCCUGAUGUGACCAAGAAGCGCUAGCUGUACAUCCUGGUCAGAGCUGGCGAACUGUGGUAACAUUUUUUCAAAUGAGCACAUCUUCAUACCUCUAACUAAAUAACAUACGGUUUCCUUUGGUCGAUGUUCCCUUUGUUUUUGAUUGACUGAAAGGGAGCGAAAUCUCAAGACCGCUGCGAUGCAAGAAACUGAA